AUGGGUCGUGGGAGAGGGAGAGGAUGUGGGUGGCCACGUUUGGUGCCACCGUCAAUAACCGACCCUACGACGGUCAUCUCUGAUCAGCAAGCCACGGGAAGUGAUGCUAUGGUGGACGAUGAACUGCAAAACAACUUAGUGGAAAAUGGUAGCCUGGUUGAGGAGGAUGUAGAGAAUGUGUUUGACGCCGGAAACCUAGGUCAUCAAAGCACUGAAGGAAAAUUGAAGGUGGAAGCAAGCCAGUCGAAGAAGCUAUGGGUUGAUAUCAUCAAUGAAAACCGUAACCCGACGAAGGGUCUCACCAUGGAAUUCGUUGCCCCCAAUAUCAUUGAUGGAGAAAUGGAAAUCCAAAUUGAAGAGGAAGAUGUUGAAAAGGAAGUUAAAUUCUGGGAAUCUGCCCUUAUCAUGUAUGCACUGGGUGUGGACCUUAGCAUGAAUGCAGUGAAACAAUUCAUGAGUAAGAGCUGGAAUUUUGUGAAAUUACCUGAUAUGUUCUACAAUGAGGAAGGUUUCUUCAUCCUUCGAUUCCACUCAUUCCAAGACAAAGACCUAGUUUUGAUGAAAGGGUCGUACUCAAUCUGUAAUAGACCUAUGAUGCUGCGUGAGUGGAAACCAGAUUUCUGUAUGAGUAAGGAUAUGCUUAGAACCAUUCCGUUGUGGGUGAAGCUUCCCCAAUUACCCUUACAUAUAUGGGGCGCGAGGAGCCUUAGUAAAAUAGGUAGUGCGUUGGGCACACCUCUGGUAACAGACGAAUGCACGACAAACAAGCUCAGGGUAUCAUAUGCUCGUAUACUGGUGGAAAUUGACAUUACACAAGAGCUAAAGACACAUAUUCUGAUAAGAGAUGAAAAAGGUGCUCGACUGAAUCAGCCGAUUGAGUAUGAGUGGAAACCUUUGUACUGCCAACGUUGCCACAAGAUCGGUCAUAAUUGUGAUAAACCUUCUAAGCCUCAUAAAGAAUGGAAGUUAAAGGUGACAUAG